CCAUGUUUCCAGGUCUGUGUCUCCCACUACGACAUCUCAGAUACAAGCCAGGAAGAAGCGGAGAGGGAUCAUCGAGAAGCGUCGCCGCGACCGCAUCAACAGCAGCCUGUCCGAGCUGCGGCGCCUGGUGCCCACUGCCUUUGAGAAGCAGGGGUCUUCCAAGCUGGAGAAGGCAGAAAUCCUACAAAUGACAGUAGAUCACUUAAAAAUGCUUCACGCCACUGGAGGAGCAGGCUUCUUAGAUGCCCGAGCUCUGGCCGUGGAUUACAGGAGUAUCGGCUUCCGUGAGUGUCUCACCGAGGUUGUCAGGUACCUGGGCAUCCUCGAGGGCCAGAACGCCGCUGACCCCAUCCGGCUGCGACUCCUCUCCCACCUCAAUAAUUACGUGGCAGAAAUGGAGCCUUCUCCCGUGGCCGCUUCCCUCCUGCCCAUCCAGACGUGGCCGUGGUCGUUCCUGCAC